AUGGCCCUGGUACACCCAGCCACUGUCCCCGAGGACUCUCCUCAACGCCCCUCCAGGGCGAAAUCGGUACCCAACUAUGCGGAUCUCUUGCCGGAAGACGCCUCGGACGCUUCUUCGGUCUCUGACGGCGCAUCGGAGUUCGAACCAGAGGUCAACGAGGCAGUAGUGGACGAUGUACUGCAUGAGAUGAGCCGCGGGGAAGAGGAGCUGAGAGGAUUUGUUCCUCUACCUCCUGCGCUUAGCGAGGCCUCUGCGGAGGCAGGUCCCUCUGUGGUCCGCGCGAUCCCUAGAAAGAGGGUCAGUGUGGCGGUCUCAGCUGAAGCCUCUUCCUCCAAGCUACCCUCCUCGGAAGGAGCGAAGCGCAACUAUCCCAGUAGGACGCAAAAGAAGUUCAAGUGUACGCAUGAAGGGUGCGAGAAGGCGUAUACCAAGCCCUCGAGGUUGGCCGAGCACGAGAUGACCCAUCGGGGCGAACGCCCAUACAAAUGUGUCCAAUGCGACCAGGCUUACUUCCGAGAGGACCACCUUAAGGCUCAUGCUCGCACGCAUCUCAAAGUUGAGGUCAAGCCCUUUCCCUGUACCGAACAGGGCUGCACGCAGUCAUUCUGGACACCAUCCAAGUUGAAGAGGCAUCUGGAGGUCCAUGACAAAGAGAGAACAUACAAGUGCGACCAUUGCGAUGCCAUGUUCAACAAGCACAUCCUUUUGCGCGAACAUGUGGUUGUUGUCCAUAUGCCUGCGGGUACCAAACCCUUCAUCUGCAGUCAUGAAGAUUGCUCGGCGUCUUUCAGCAUGAAGGCUCAUCUCAAAACCCAUGAGAAAACCCACGAUCCCAAACGGUUCACUUGCGCUCAUCCGUCCCACACCGACGACCUCCCCAUCUUUUCGAAAUGGUCCGAAUUCCAAAAACACAUGACCGACGCCCACCCUCCCACCUGUCCUCACCCAGAAUGUAACAACCGGACGUUCAAGAGCAACCCGCGUUUACGCGACCACCUCAAAGUGCACGCUGAGCAGGAGGCAGACAGGGUGGCCAAAGAGGCGAGGGAGGCUGUGGCUGUGGAUGGGCAGAAAGAGCCGAUUCCGCAGUUGGUGUUGGAGGGUAUGAUGAAGAGCAGACGGAAGAGGAAGAGGGAGAGUGUGGCUGCCGAUGAUGACAAGCCGAAAAAGUUGAAAAAGGCCGAGGGAGAUGCUGGGAAAGAUCAUGCUUGUGACUGGAUGGAGUGCGAGAAACGGUUCAAAACCGCCAGUCAUCUUUGCGUUGCGUUGGAGUUGCUGCUGACUUCGUUACAGAAAUACGCUAUGGAAACCCACCGCAACGUCGUCCACCUCAAGAUCCGCUCUCACACCUGCCCCCACGCCGACUGCGACAAAGCCUACGCCCACAAAGCUACUCUCAUGCAGCACCUCUCCAAACACGAUACCGCUCCUCCCCCUGGCGUCGAUGGGGAGAGCAAUGGCGGAACGCCCGGCCCGUCGUCGCGGCCUGCGUCGAGGAGGGGUUCGCAGAGUGAGGGGGCUAUGUUGACGGGGGCUUUGAGGGAGCUUAGGCGGUUUGUCUGCCCCGCUUGGGCAUUGGGGAGUGCUCCUCCGGCUUUGGAGACUGCGUCGCAGAUGGCGCUCGAUCCCAAUAUCGACCCAGCCCUGCAAGAAGACAAGCAUGGAAACGAGCAGCUCCUUACUAUUUCUUCGCCCAUCCAGGGCGAGGGUGCCGGUAUAUCCGGGGUUGAAGGCGAGAAUGAGGGUGAGAAGGGGCGGUGUAUCUCGCGAUUCUGGAGAGUGUAUGAUGUGAGGAGGCAUUUGAAGUCGGAGCAUGGGAUGGAGCUGGAGGAUCUGCAGGUGAGAAUGCUGUUGGUGAAGACGGGGCAGGACGGGACGUGA